CCCUGUCGGGAAGGAGCCCAAGAGGGAGUCGGCGGCGCAAAAUGGCGACGGCGACGGCGACGGCCGGGGCCGGGGCUCCGGGACCGGCGGCCCCCGCGGCAGCGGCCGGCACGCCGGCCUCCGGGGGCGCAGCUCCCGGGUCGCAGGGGGUGCUAAUUGGGGACCGGCUGUACUCCGGGGUGCUCAUCACUCUGGAGAACUGCCUCCUGCCGGACGACAAGCUCCGCUUCACGCCGUCCAUGUCGAGUGGCCUCGACACUGACACGGAGACCGACCUCCGCGUGGUGGGCUGCGAGCUCAUCCAGGCGGCCGGCAUCCUGCUCCGCCUGCCGCAGGUGAGGGAGCGGCCGCGAGCCUCGGGCCGAGGUUGCCAUGGCUACCGGGCAGGUGUUGUUCCAGCGGUUCUUCUACACCAAGUCCUUUGUGAAGCAUUCCAUGGAGGGUGCACGGCUCUUAACCGCCGUUCUUCAGCUGUUGGAGACUGUCGUCCUUGGAACAAACAUCUCUGUGUUGCAUCGCUUACGUUUCAGCACGUGUCAAUGGCCUGUGUUCACUUGGCCUCCAAGAUAGAAGAGGCUCCAAGACGGAUACGGGACGUCAUCAACGUGUUUCAUCGCCUUCGACACCUGAGAGAGAAAAAAAAACCUGUGCCUCUACUGUUGGAUCAAGAUUAUGUUAACUUAAAGAAUCAAAUUAUAAAGGCAGAAAGGCGAGUUCUCAAAGAGUUGGGUUUCUGCGUCCAUGUGAAGCACCCUCACAAGAUAAUCGUUAUGUACCUUCAGGUGUUAGAGUGUGAGCGUAACCGACACCUGGUCCAGACCUCAUGGAACUACAUGAAUGACAGCCUUCGCACAGACGUUUUUGUGAGGUUCCAGCCUGAGAGCAUCGCCUGUGCCUGCAUCUAUCUUGCUGCCCGGACACUGGAGAUCCCUUUGCCCAAUCGUCCCCAUUGGUUUCUUUUGUUUGGAGCAACUGAAGAAGAAAUUCAAGAAAUCUGCUUAAAAAUUCUGCAGCUAUAUACUCGGAAAAAGGUUGACCUGACCCACCUGGAAGGUGAAGUGGAGAAGCGCAGGUACGCCCUUGACGAGGCAAAGGCACAAGCCAAGGGCCUGUUGCCCGGCGGCACCCAGGUGCUGGACAGCACGUCGCGGUUCUCACCUGCCCCCAAGCCGGAGUUAGGUGUGACGCCUUUCCCCGGUCCUGGAGGAGCGGGACGGGUGACCUUCCUGCGUCUGGUGGUUCCAAGCCCGGCGGGGAGCAGGGAGUCACGGUCGGCAGCGGCAGUCCUGCGGGAGAGGCCCCACCUUGCUUGGCUGACCCGUUUCUCAGCAGAACAGCUGUCGGGUUGUAACUUCUCACACUUGAUUCUAGCGGAAUCCCCCAAGGAAGGCCAAGGAGACAAGCCUUCCCCACUCUCUGUGAAGAAUGCCCGGAGGAAAGUGGAGGGCGUGAAGAGAGCCAAGGCCGACAGCCCGGUGAACGGCUUGCCGAGGGGGCGAGGGGCUCGAAGUCGGAGUGGGAGUCACGAGCAGAGUUAUUCCAGGUCCCCGUCGCCAUCCGCUUCUCCUAAGAGAAGGAAAAGCGACAGCGGCUCUACAUCUGGCGGGUCCAAGUCACAGAGCCGCUCACGGAGCCGGAGUGACUCCCCACCCAGACAGGCCCAUCGGGGCGCUCCCUACAAAGGCUCCAAAGUAAGGAGCUACCGGAGGUCCAAGGACUGCAAGUACUCUGCCCAGAAGCCACACAAGUCUCAGAGCCGGAGCUCCUCCCGCUCUCGGAGCCGCUCACGGGAACGGGCGGAUAAUUCUGGAAAAUACAAGAAGAAAAGUCAUUACUGUAGAGACCAGCGACGGGAGCGUUCUCGCUCUUACGAGCGAGCGGGCCAUCGCUAUGAGCGGGACCACCCCGGACACAGCAGGCACCGGAGGUGAGGGCAGGCUCCCUGAAGGUCUGCCCUUCGGCCCUCGGCAUGCCCACCUCGGCCACUGGCCCUGGGGCGUGACUCUUUCUGGAAAUGGUUGUUGACUCGGGACUGUGUGAUGAAUUUGGAGAUGGAAUGGAGAGGCCAGCAAGCCGCCCUUUAGUGUGGCCCGGGCCCAGCUCACCCCGCCCGCCUGAGCAGCAGCCCUGCUGGUUGCAAAGGCGGGGUGCGCACGUCCCAGUGGCGUGGCUUGGUGCUACGACAGGCUGUCUCUUCACUUCCAUACCGAUACUCAAUUACGUUAAACCAAGAAAAUGACUUUUCGAACCUUUGCCUAUAUUAGGUUGUACUUAUGUACGUAUUUUGCAAUGUUUCACUAUGAGAAAAUGGCCUUAACAGCCCCUCACUCUGUCCACGUUGUAAAUAAACAUGUUUAAUACAAGUUAAAGCUAUAUACGAAAACUCAGAACUUGAAUUCUGUCAGCUUAAAACUUGUGUAGAGAAUUCUGAUUUUUAAAAUGUGAAGGUAUUUAGAUCUGUGUUGAAAGUCGUAUAUUUUUAUCUGUGCAAUGCUGAGUGCAGGCCACCAGCUCCUAAAUAGAGAAGUUUCCUAUAUAUGCAUUUUAUGUGGUUAAAUAAACAUAAUUCUCUCUACUCAGGAUAUUUGGAAUGUUAAAGGGUUUGUGGUUUGUCAACGUGCUUGCUUGCUCCCGUGCACAGCUGGCAGUACCUGUUCUACUGGUACGUCUGUGCUGCCGUCUCUCAUCUCAUUAAAGCGUUGGGUUUUGUAUUGA